CGACGCGGAGCCUAGUACCGAGGGGAGCCCCCACCGGGGCCGUGCGCGCCUGCACCCGCUCGGGACCUCGUAGUCCCCGCGCCCGGAGUUCGCAACGCGCUUCAGACAAGAUGGCGCGGCCGGUCCGGGGAGCGCUCGGGGCCCCGCGUCGCUCGCCUUGCCUUCUCCUCUUGUGUCUGCUGCUGCUGCUGCGGCUGGAACCCGCGACCGCGGCGGCCGGCCCGCGCGAGCCCUGCGCGGCUGCCUGCACUUGCGCCGGGGACUCGCUGGACUGCGGCGGGCGCGGGCUGGCGGCGCUUCCCGGGGACCUGCCCGCCUGGACGCGGAGCCUAAACCUGAGUUACAACAAGCUCUCUGAGAUCGACCCUGCUGUUUUUGAGGACUUGCCGAACCUGCAGGAAGUGUACCUCAACAAUAAUGAGUUGACCGCCAUACCAUCCCUGGGAGCUGCUUCGUCACACGUCGUCUCUCUGUUUCUGCAACACAACAGGAUUCGCAACGUGGAGGGGAGUCAGCUGAAGGCAUACGUUUCCUUGGAGGUGUUAGAUCUGAGUUCCAACAAUAUCACGGAAGUCCGCAGCGCCAGCUUUCCGCCUGGCCUGCGCAUCAAGGAGCUCAACCUGGCGAGCAACCGCAUCGGCACCCUGGAGUCAGGAGCAUUUGAUGGUCUGUCACGGUCACUGCUGACUCUUCGCCUGAGCAAAAACAGGAUCACACAGCUUCCUGUGAAAGCAUUCAAGUUACCCAGGCUGACACAACUGGACCUCAAUCGGAACCGGAUUCGGCUAAUCGAGGGCCUCACCUUCCAAGGGCUCGACAGCCUGGAGGUGCUGAAACUUCAGCGAAACAAUAUCAGCAAGCUGACGGAUGGGGCGUUCUGGGGGCUGUCCAAGAUGCACGUGCUGCACCUGGAGUACAACAGCCUGGUGGAAGUGAACAGCGGCUCGCUCUACGGCCUCACCGCCCUGCACCAGCUCCACCUCAGCAACAACUCCAUCUCUCGCAUUCACCGGGAUGGCUGGAGCUUCUGCCAGAAGCUGCAUGAGCUGAUUCUGUCCUUCAACAACCUCACGCGGCUGGACGAGGAGAGCCUGGCCGAGCUGAGCAGCUUGAGCGUCCUGCGCCUCAGCCACAAUGCCAUCAGCCACAUCGCCGAGGGCGCCUUCAAGGGACUCAAGAACCUGCGCGUCUUGGAUCUGGACCACAAUGAGAUCGCGGGCACAAUCGAGGACACCAGCGGCGCCUUCAUGGGGCUGGACCACCUCAGCAAGCUGACUCUGUUUGGAAACAAGAUCAAGUCCGUGGCCAAGAGAGCGUUCUCGGGGCUGGAAGCCCUGGAGCACCUGAACCUGGGAGAGAAUGCCAUCAGAUCUGUGCAGCUUGACGCCUUUGCGAAGAUGAAGAAUCUUAAGGAACUCCACAUCAGCAGCGAGAGCUUCCUGUGUGACUGCCAGCUGAAGUGGCUGCCCCCAUGGCUCGUGAACAGGAUGCUGCAGGCGCUGGUCACCGCCACCUGUGCCCACCCAGAGUCCCUGAAGGGCCAGAGCAUCUUCUCGGUGCCGCCCGAGAGCUUCGUGUGUGAUGAUUUCCCAAAGCCGCAGAUCAUCACCCAGCCAGAGACGACCAUGGCCGUGGUGGGCAAAGACAUCCGGUUCACGUGCUCGGCAGCCAGCAGCAGCAGCUCCCCCAUGACCUUCGCCUGGAAGAAGGACAACGAGGUCCUGGCCAACGCAGACAUGGAGAACUUCGCCCACGUGCGAGCGCAGGAUGGGGAAGUGAUGGAGUACACCACCAUCCUGCACCUGCGCCACGUCACUUUCGGGCACGAGGGCCGCUACCAGUGUGUCAUCACCAACCACUUCGGCUCCACCUACUCCCACAAGGCCAGGCUCACUGUGAAUGUGUUGCCGUCAUUCACCAAGAUGCCCUACGACAUCGCCAUCCGCACGGGCACCAUGGCCCGCCUCGAGUGCGCCGCCACCGGCCACCCCAACCCGCAGAUCGCCUGGCAGAAGGACGGGGGCACGGACUUCCCGGCGGCCCGCGAGCGGCGCAUGCACGUCAUGCCUGACGACGACGUGUUCUUCAUCACGGACGUGAAGAUCGACGACAUGGGCGUUUACAGCUGCACUGCCCAGAACCUGGCCGGCUCCAUCUCUGCCAACGCCACCCUCACUGUGCUAGAGACCCCGUCCUUGGCAGUGCCCUUGGAAGACCGUGUGGUGUCUGUGGGAGAAACGGUGGCCUUCCAGUGCAAAGCCACUGGCAGCCCCCCGCCCCGCAUCACCUGGCUCAAGGGGGACCGGCCGCUGAGCCUCACUGAGCGGCACCACUUCACCCCCGGCAACCAGCUGCUGGUCGUGCAGAACGUGGUGGCAGAAGAUGCGGGCCGCUACACCUGUGAGAUGUCCAACGCCCUGGGCACGGAGCGUGCGCACAGCCAGCUGAGCAUCCUGCCCACGCCGGGCUGCAGGAAGGACGGGACCACCGUGGGCAUCUUCACCAUCGCCGUGGUGUGCAGCAUCGUGCUGACGUCGCUGGUCUGGGUGUGCAUCAUCUACCAGACCAGGAAGAGAAGCGAGGAGUACAGCGUCACCAACACAGAUGAAACCAUCGUGCCACCCGACGUCCCAAGCUACCUCUCUUCUCAGGGGACCCUUUCUGACCGGCAGGAAACUGUGGUCAGAACUGAGGGUGGCCACCAGGCCAACGGACACAUUGAGAGCAACGGUGUCUGUCCCAGAGAUACGGGCCUCUUUCCAGAGACUGACGUUCACGGCAUUGCAUGCAGGCAGCCCAGGCUGUGCGCUGGGUAUAAUAAAGAGCCAUGGAAAGCACUGGAAAAAGCGGACGGGACUCCUGGCCUGCCUAAGAUGGAACACAGCGGCGUGGUCGUGUGCAUGGACUGCAGCAAUGCGGCGGACACUCCCUGCAGGGAAAAGGCCUUGCAGCCCCAGCCUGUGGCCAGAGACAGUACCCAGCCAGGGACCCUGAGCGGCCGAGAAUAUUCGCCACAGCAUUUGGGCAGUGCGACCACGGACGGGUCCCUGUACCCCAGCAACCACGACAGAAUGGCGGCCGCGGCUCUUGGGGGGAAAGAGGAUUCUUCUCGGACGUUAGCGCGGCUGUAUGAAGCGGACUCGGCCGACGUGCAGCCAUCGUGCGCGCUGACCGCAGGCCGUGUGCAGCAUGCAGAAGCCUCCCCGGCCUUUGCCCAGCACUUGCUUGGCUCCCACGGGCACGUCCCGCAGGCGUGCGACUCCAGUCCUGAGUCCGGGACACGGAGGGGGCCGCUGCUGUUGGCGCCGAGAAGCUAGGCGCUUCUACCUCAGCUGUUGUGCCAAGGGCUCCAGGAGCGCGGGAGCAGACGCCGGGAGGAAGCUCGGGUUCGAGUGGCGCUGAUGUGUACAUAGCGGGAAAGUCCGUGUACAGUGUUGCUCCAGGACAGAAAUGUAAGAGGCUAUUUGUGUACAAAAGGCAGGAAAAGUAUUUGAUACCAUUGUACAUAAGAGUUUUCAGAGAUUUCAUAUAUAUUAUAUAUCUUUUACAGAGGCUAUUUUAAUCUUUAGUGCAUGGUUAACAGAAAAAAAAUUAUACAGUUUUGACACUAUUAUUUUUCCUAUCAGGUUGCUGUUUAACUUUGGAGGGGGUGGGGACAAGUUCUGGUGCCUUAACGCAUGGCUGGGAUUAGGAGAGGCUAAAACGACGUUUGUUCUGGGAGUCUGGGGUGGGUGGGGAAGGAAGGAAGACCUUGCAUUUGUAUUGCACUGGGCAGGACGGGCUCGAGGCUGCCUGUCAGUCAGAUGGCCGUGGCCACAGCUGGUGAGAACAGGGAAGCACUGCCUGUCGGCCUUCGCGGAAGCCUCCUCUAUGACAAAUGCAGACGCGCUCCUCACGGUGUCACUUGACAGCUCCUAGGGGCUGUCUGUGACGGCCACGGCUGCUGGCGUCGGCUCCUGUGGAUUUUAGGUCUGGGAUGCUUUCAGAGCUUCCCGUGAUGCUUUAGUUCUGCCAACAGAAUUACUGACCGUGGACUUGGGGGAUGGAAAAGGAUACAGUUGUUUGUCUUCAGGGCUAGCUUCUAUCUACUGAGGGUCCAGAGCAGGCCUGUCCCCGCCGUUCCCUCGCUCAGAGGGAACUGGGCUCGGACUAGGGGAGAUCCAGCCCUUGACCUCGGUUCUGGGUGUAUUUGCACUUUUGAGCUCCAUAGCUAACCGUCUUGUGCGUGCCAGUGUGUCAUUCAGUAAAAACUGCAUGGGAACAAGGUCCUUCAAGUCUCAGCAAGCAAGUGCCUUUGGCCGCGAUGCUCGAGCGAGGCACUGGCACAGUGGUUACCUAUGUGCAUCUCGCUGUCUGGCAGGUGUCCGAAA